AGCUUGGAUAAAGGUGGAGUGUAUAAUGCUUGCAUAAAUACUGCUGGGAUGUCCAGACACACCACAUCAUCAGGCCUGCAGCUACCCACAUCUCUUAAGCAGGUUCCAAAUGACUUUGCAUAACAUGGAGACUUCAGUGUUCACCUGCUGGCUCCUUUUUUUGCUGUUCAGCCCAGCUGUUCCCACGUGUUUACCCACUGACUUCACCCUGUAUGUGGAGAAGCCAGAGUGUGACUUCUGUGUGGCGAUCAACACCACCAUCUGCAUGGGAUUUUGCUACUCAAGGGACAGCAACAUGAGGGAUAUUCUUGGCCCACGCUUCCUGAUCCAGAGGGGCUGUACCUACAACAAGGUGGAAUACCGUUCAGCUGUACUGCCCGGCUGUCCCAUCGACUCCAACCCCGUUUUCACUUACCCCGUGGCUCUCAGCUGCCACUGUGGUGCCUGCAGGACUGACAGCGAUGAAUGUGCACACAGAGCCAGUGUGGACAGAGCUAAGUGUACCAAACCAGUCAGCCGUAUCUACCCAUACCCUGGCCAGAGCAGCUACAUGAUCCCUUUCUAACAGUUUUAUUGUUCUCAGCUAAACUGCUUGAGCAAAGACAAAUAUCAUCCUCUAGUUUGUGAUGGAUACAGUGAUAGUUGAACUGCCUUUACUGUCUGUUGUACCAGCUUGUUUUAAUCAUGCCUUGGUUGCUAAAUGUGUCUGCUCUGCUCCUCAGCUCACAGUCAGGGGAAGCUAAUCCUGGUGUAUAUUUCUGUUUGGGUCAUCAUUUAUCCAAAUACUUAUGUGUAUGUGGCUCCCAGAUUUAUUAAGUUUACUCUGAAUGCAACUCAAUAAAGCUGAAGUCUAUAUAGC